CGGCCUCUCUGGUCUCCGCAGAUGUGUGGGCCAACGUGAAGGUGGAGUGUGAGCCUAGCUGGCAGGCCUUCCAGGGCCACUGCUACCGCCUGCAGGCUGAGAAGCGCAGCUGGCAGGAGUCCAAGAAGAUGUGUCUGCGGGGCGGGGGCGACUUACUCAGCAUCCACAGCAUGGCAGAGCUGGAGUUCAUCACCAAGCAGAUCAAACAGGAGGUGGAGGAGCUGUGGAUUGGUCUCAAUGACCUGAAACUUCAGAUGAAUUUUGAGUGGUCCGACGGGAGCCUCGUGAGCUUCACCCACUGGCACCCCUUUGAGCCCAACAACUUCCGGGACAGCCUGGAGGACUGUGUCACCAUCUGGGGGCCGGAAGGUCGCUGGAACGAUAGCCCCUGUAACCAGUCCCUGCCGUCCAUUUGCAAGAAGGCGGGCCAGCUGAGCCAGGGGGCCGCCGAGGAGGACCACGGCUGCCGGAAGGGUUGGACGUGGCACAGCCCCUCCUGCUACUGGCUGGGAGAGGACCCGGUGACCUACAGAGCCCUGGGACCUCUCUCCCGCAGGUUCGAGCAGGCCUUUGUCAGCAGCCUCAUCUACAACUGGGAUGGCGAGUACUUCUGGACGGCCCUGCAGGACCUCAACUUCACUGGCUCCUUCCGCUGGCUCAGCGGGGACGAGGUCAUGUACACCCACUGGAACCGGGACCAGCCCGGGUACAGCCGUGGGGGCUGUGUGGCCCUGGCCACGGGCAGCGCCAUGGGGCUGUGGGAGGUGAAGAACUGCACAUCGUUCCGGGCUCGCUACAUCUGCCGCCAGAGCCUGGGCACGCCCGUGACGCCUGAGCUGCCCGGGCCAGACCCCACGCCCAGCCUCACCGGCGCCUGUCCCCAGGGCUGGGGCUCAGAUCCCAAACUCCGGCACUGCUAUAAGGUGUUCAGCUCGGAGCGGCUGCAGGACAAGAAGACCUGGGUCCAGGCCCAGGGGGCCUGCCAGGAGCUGGGGGCCCAGCUGCUGAGCCUGGCCAGCUAUGAAGAGGAGCACUUUGUGGCCAAUAUGCUCAACAAGAUCUUCGGUGAAUCAGAGCCCGAGAUCCACGAGCAGCACUGGUUCUGGAUCGGCCUGAACCGUCGAGACCCUGGAGCCGGGCAGAGCUGGCGCUGGAGUGAUGGACUUGGGUUCUCUUACCACAAUUUCGACCGGAGCCGGCACGACGAUGACAACAUCCGCGGCUGCACGGUGCUCGACCUGGCCUCCCUGCAGUGGGUGGCCAUGCAAUGCGAGACGCAGCUGGACUGGAUCUGCAAGAUCCCUCGAGGCACGGAUGUGCGGGAGCCUGACGUCAGCCCGCAAGGCCGGAGGGAAUGGCUGCGUUUCCAGGAGGCUGAGUAUAAGUUCUUCGAGCACCACUCCACGUGGGCGCAGGCGCAGCGCAUCUGCACGUGGUUCCAGGCCGAACUGGUCUCAGUGCACAGCCAGGCCGAGCUGGACUUCCUGGGGCACAACCUGCAGAAGUUCUCUCGGGGCCAGGAGCAGCACUGGUGGAUCGGCCUGCACACCUCAGAGAACGACGGGCGCUUCAGGUGGACAGAUGGUUCUGUUAUAAACUUCAUCUCCUGGGCCCCUGGCAAACCUCGGCCCAUCGGCAAGGACAAGAAGUGCGUGUACAUGAUGGCCAGCCGAGAGGACUGGGGGGACCAGAGGUGCAUGACAGCCUUGCCUUACAUCUGCAAGCGCCGCAACAGCACCAGAGAGCAGCAGCCCCCAGACCCGCCGCCCACAGGGGGCUGCCCCUCUGGUUGGAGCCAGUUCCUCAACAAGUGUUUCCGAAUCCAAGGCCAGGACCCCCAGGACCGGGUGAAGUGGUCAGAGGCGCAGUUCUCCUGUGAACAGCAAGAGGCCCAACUGGUCACCAUUGCAAACCCCUUAGAGCAAGCGUUCAUCACAGCCAGCCUGCCCGAUGUGACCUUUGACCUUUGGAUUGGCCUCCAUGCCUCACAGAGGGACUUCCAGUGGGUGGAGCAGGAGCCUCUGCAGUAUGCCAACUGGGCCCCCGGGGAGCCCUCUGGCCCUAGCCCUGCUCCCAGCGGCAACAUACCGACCAGCUGUGCGGUGGUCCUGCGUAGCCCCUCGACCCACUUCACUGGCCGCUGGGAUGACCGGAGCUGUGCAGAGGAGACCCACGGCUUCAUCUGCCAGAAGGCCACGGACCCCUCCCUGAGCCCAUCCCCAGCAGCGUCGCCCCCUGCCCCGGGCGCUGAGCUCUCCUACCUCAACGGCACCUUCCGGCUGCUGCAGAAGCCGCUGCGCUGGCACGACGCCCUGCUGCUGUGUGAGAGCCGAAAUGCCAGCCUGGCCCACGUGCUCGACCCCUACACCCAGGCCUUCCUCACUCAGGCCGCCCGAGGGCUGCGCACGCCGCUCUGGAUUGGGCUGGCCAGUGAGGAGGGCUCCCGGCGGUACUCUUGGGUCUCGGAGGAGCCGCUGAGCUACGUGAGCUGGCAGGACGGGGAGCCCCAGCUCCCAGGGGGCUGCGCCUACGUGGACACGGAUGGCGCCUGGCGCACUACCAGCUGUGACACCAAGUUGCAGGGGGCUGUGUGUGGCGUUCACGGCGGGCCCCCUCCUCCGCGACGAAUAAGCUACCACGGGAGCUGUCCCCAGGGGCUGGCGGACUCGGCAUGGAUUCCCUUCCGAGAGCACUGCUACUCCUUCCACAUGGAGCUGCUGCUGGGCCACAAGGAGGCGCUGCAGCGCUGCCAGAGAGCGGGCGGCGCGGUCCUGUCCAUCCUGGAUGAGAUGGAGAAUGUGUUUGUCUGGGAGCAUCUGCAGAGCUCUGAGGGCCAGAGUCGGGGCGCCUGGCUGGGCAUGAAUUUCAACCCCAAAGGGGGCACCCUGGUCUGGCAGGACAACACAGCUGUGAACUAUUCCAACUGGGGGCCCCCGGGCCUGGGCCCCAGCAUGCUGAGCCACAACAGUUGCUACUGGAUCCAGAGCAGCAGUGGGCUGUGGCGCCCGGGCGCCUGCACCAAUAUCACCAUGGGCGUGGUCUGCAAGCUCCCUCGAGCUGAGGCGAGCAGCUUCUCCCCAUCAGCCCUCCCAGAGAACCCCGCGGCCCUGGUGGUGGUGCUGAUGGCGGUGCUCCUGCUCCUGGCCCUGCUGACCGCCGCCCUGAUUCUCUACCGGCGGCGACAGAGCGUCGAGCGGGGGGCCUUUGAGGGCGCCCGCUACAGCCGCAGCUCCUCCGGCCCCAGCGAGGCCACUGAGAAGAACAUCCUGGUGUCCGACAUGGAAAUGAACGAGCAGCAGGAGUAGAGCGGAGGGCGUGGGUGUGGGGCCGGGGGGCUGGGCCCCCCACCAGCUGUGGUCCAGUUGGCCUAUGGGGGUGGGUGGCGCCCUGGGAAGCCGCUGGGGCUGGCAGGGCCUGGGCUGGUGGGGUCCCUCCCUCCCAUGAGGGCUGGGCUGAGGCCUGGCUGAGUGCAGCAUGGCGUUUCCUUUUGGGGGGCCCUAAGGUCUUGUCACCCAGGCCUGUACCCCCAUGGUCACUGGAGGCAGGACGGGAGCCUCUUUCUGCCUCUUUCUCCCUGUCCCCACCCCCCACCCCCCCCAUCCCCCUGCCCUGCAUCCCGCCUGCUCUCCCAGCCCUUCCUUCUGAGCCAGGGCCCUGGGGUCUGGGGAGCCCUCUCGCUGUUGGUGGGGGUCACAGGGGGGUUGAGCAUUUGUCACUCGUGUGCCUGCUGGGGUGGCCAUGGGGCAAAGCGGGAGGGUUCUGGGCCGGGACUGAGGACCGGAGCAUCACUGUGGUAUCAGCUGGGCUGGAGACAGGACCAGGGAGAGACACCCUGACCUCCUGGGGAUAACCGGGCUGGGCUGGGGUGUCUUCUCCUGCUGGUCAGGGGAGGGCUCUGUCCCUAUAAAGUCCCCUGUGGGGACCAAAGUCAGUUCCCUAAGGUUUCCAGGUCCUGGCUGUGGUUUGGAGAGAGAUAAGGUGGUUGGCCAGAGUCGGUGGAGCUGGGGUGCGCCCUCUAAGGGGGGCCCAGAGGAGUAGCGCCUGAACCCCCUGGAGUGGCCCCUGUGUGGGGGAGACGACCCACCCAGAACCUUUCCAAGAGGCUGGAACCCCAGUUAGAAUCACCAGUCCUGGUGCCACGGCCCAGGGCAGUGUGAACACAGACUCCAAGACAUGGUCCUUUUUUGUAGUUCUUAAUUUUUUUUAAUGUGCCAUUAUUGUCUUAAAAGAAAAAGAUAAAAGAAAAGCAAACAAAUAAAACACCUUUAAGAGGCUUGAGAGAGAAGGGUC